AGAAUGUUCUCACCUCUCUCAUGUCACUCACCAGAGAAAAGGGAAAGAAUACUUUUAAGGUUGGUGAGUCUAAACUUCACUAUUGCAAAGGAAAAAUAAAUGUUCAGGGAUAUAUUAUCACUCCAGUACAUUGAUUAUACUGAGCAUCGUAAUUGCAUCGUCAUUGCAUCGUCAACAUCUUAUGUCCAAAGGUAGCAGUUCAGCAGAGAGUUACAAGAGUCCAAGAGCUACAGGUAAGGUCACAGAUUGCGCCUCGCUGCUAUGCUUUACCUGCCUGCUGUGUUCGCCAAUCUGCUUCUAUAAUAAUCUGAGAUUAUCUGAUGAAAAUUGACUGUAAUGAAUACUUUCAAAAAAGAGUGGUAUUCUUCAUAGAAUUAAAAUGAGUUAUAUUUCUUAUAAUAUACUGUAGAAUAUACAGAAGAUGCAGUACAGGUUGACCUGUAGUUACACUGUCUCAAUAUGUAAAUGAUUAUACCUUACUCCUAUGCCUGUGGUCCUUUGCCAUGACAUGAAUUAGGAGUCAUGGAGAAGCUGCUGUAAAUGUCAAAUAAAGGCUGUUUGUUCAGGGUGAUUGUAGUUUCAUGAGGAAGAUUCUGAUGCCAGUUUCUUAAGCCCACUUCCUGUAUAUAGCUGCUGUGAUGAGAGGGCCAUUGUCACAGGGAUGGGGCUCACCGUCCCAAGCAGGUGGCCAGAUUACAGUGCCCAUAUCUUACUCGAACCCCGUUAGUUUAUCUGUGAACUAUUCUCAGACUUUGGGAAUAAAGAUUGAGCUAUUGUAUAAAGUUACUGUAUUAAUUUACUUACCUACCAUCAGUUGUGAGGUCACUGCACUUGUUCAUAGCUCUGACUUUGUGUUUGAUUCUUUGGUCAGAGUCAACAUGCAGGGGUAAUACAUGUUGUACAGCUAUUGUCUUUCAUAAAAUGUAAACAAUUUACUUUGGCUGACUAUCCAUGUGAUGUAUGCAUUAUGGUGUAUUCAGUAUCACCAGGUAAACCUGUCCGGGCACAUUUUUUCAUUGUAACCUGUGACGCAGCUGUACAUUUCCCAACAUAACAGGGAAAUGAUUCCUUUACUGUAAUCCUAUUUCCUUCACGUGUUUGUCUCCACCUCUUUGUCACAGCUAACCUGUAUAGCUGUUCUGGAGCUAAGCGAGGCCAGACACAGAUGUCAUGGCAAACAAUGUAAGUUAAACUGUACAUCUUUAUGUGUGGGUGUGUAUGUACUAUUUGCCUCUUCUUUUGUGUGAUUACAGAUGUUUAGAGUGAUUGAGUGUUGGGCGUUUAUGUUAGCGAUUGUACACAUGCCAGAGUUAUUUUUGUACACAAGUCAUUGAAGUGUGAAGGAUGAUAAUUUGAUUCAUUGUUUGCAUUUUGUUUUCUGCAACAUAGGAUGAUGCAUUGCGGGCCAUGCAGAACUGUUUCCGCAGUCAGUUUAGUGUGGAUGAGGCUGAGUACGAGGACAUUGAGAAAAACAGGUGUGUUUCUGUUGAACUGUUUUACAUGUGAAUUUGAUUGUGAUGCCUUCGUCUACAUGUUUUCGUUAUCGCAAAUAUGAUGAGAUAAGGGGAACAUCCAUGUCCGUGCUGCUUUUGUGGGUGUCUAAUUUCUCAGGAGAACAUCAUCUGUUGAUGAAGACAGUAUCUAUCUUGGCUGCACACUGUCACGAUCAUUCAAGCCUGAAGACUCAGAUUUUCACCACUCUCCUGUUAUCAAGAUGGGCUGGCUGGACAAGACCCCGCCUCAGGGGUAAGAGAGAGGGGUGUGUGUGCGUGUGUGCGUGUGUGCUUGUACAUGCAUGCGUGCAUUUGUGUGUUUGUUCAUGCAUGUGUGUGUGUGUGCAUGCAUGAGAGUGUAAGUAAUCUCUGUUUUAUCUGCAGGACUCUUAUUUUCCAGAAGCGUUGGGUGAUGUUGGAUGAACAGUACCUUCGAUACUUUCAAAACGAGAAGGUUCAGACGUCUUCCAUAGACCCACACACAGGUUCACAGAUCACACUGUCUACUCUGAAAUGCCUCAUCAAUAACUAAUUAUACCCCUCCCCUUCUUCCUCUCUCUUUUCCUCAGGAGGUCUACUCAAAGAGAGUCAUAGCCAUACCGUCUGUCACUGAAGUGGUUAAUGUUGGAGGGCAGAAGUUUGAGGUGGUGACAAGGAACAGGACUUUCUUGUUCCGUGCUGAGAACAACAGUAGGUGUUCAGCCUAAAAUAACAAUGAUCACAAUGAAGAAAUAUGAGUACUUUGUGUGUGUUAUUGAUGUAAAGUCUACACCAGUUGUAUUCGGUGCAUGUGAUAAAUACAAUUUGAUUUGAUGUGUGUGUGUGUGUGUGUGUGUGUGUGUGUGUGUGUGUGUGUGUGUGUGUGUGUGUUUUCAGCCGUCAGAGAGGAAUGGGUGUCAGUACUGAAAGAGACUAUUCAGCAGUGUCGUAACAGCAUGGAUAUGUCCCAUAUGAACUUCAGUGAUACGAGUGGACAGCGUGCUAGUGGAGUCUCGCUCAUUAGUAAGCAAGGAUACCUGGAGAUGAUUGGACUGCGCUCCAAGCUCUAUGUAGUCAUCUGUUCCGACAGGGUCUUCCUCUAUAGGAACGCUGAGGUGUGUAUCCAUGGUGCAUGUAUGCAUGCAUUUGUCCUGAAAUACAUUUUUUAAAACGUGCAUGAAAGUCCUUUGGUGUCAGUUAUGUAUCCUUAAAGGUGACAGGCAAAGGUCUCCAUAUAAAUCAUAACACUUAAUAAUAAUGCUCAUUUAGGCUUAAUUAAAUUAGCCUCAACAACAUUUUUGUCUAUCACUACAUUUUCGCUGUAAUUUCUACGUUUUGGUGAAGAUGUAAUUUUCUGGCUAUACAAUGCAAGGAUGACAUCAUUUCAGGGCAAAAAUAAAAUGGCUUACUGCAAGCAACACAAGCUACAGAUAUGACUUUUAUGAGUCAUUUUCUGGAUCAGAAAUUAAACUAAUUAUACUGUGAGGAGACACUUGUAUAUCUGGAGAAUAAACAUUUAUAUCAAUAAUGAUUACUCAUGCAGAUAAUGAGAUAGAUGAUCUAGCUAGUCAGGUAGCUAUAGCCAGUCAGUGAAUUCUCAAUGUAUGUGAUGAGGCUGCCAUUCAAACAGCUAAGACUAGCUAGCUAACUAGCUACAUUUUUGAGUUGAUAAGAAAUUAAAAACCUGUGAUGUUCAUGUCAUCAGGAGCACAGCCAUGGUGUUGGCAUCACCUCCAUUGAGAUGAAUUUGGGUACUGUGAAGAGCACAGACAAACGGUCCUUCAACCUCACCACCUUCUACAGGACAUUCAGGUGAGUGAGACUGAUCUAUGAUCCUUUAAUGACAUCCCACAGUGAACCCCCUGUGACCUCUGUUCUGUGUGGUUAGUUUUGUGGCUGAGUCGGAGCAGCAGAUGGGGCAGUGGGUGGAGGCCCUGCAGGCCUGUGUCAGUCGCUCUCUGUCCAGCAAUGUGGUGGCCCAGAAGAUCUGGGCUGAGGAGGCCAACCAGCGCUGUGCAGAUUGUGGCGCCACCUACCCAGACUGGGCCUCUGUCAACCUGUGUGUGGUCCUCUGCAAGUGCUGUGCAGGUACAGAACCAUUUCCAGAGGUCAGUCCAGACUCAGAAACUAUUGGAUCAAGACUCAAGAGCUUUGAUUAGAUUCUAUAAUGAUCAAAUUAAAAUAUGUCAGGUUGAUAACAGUUGUAUCACAUUGGUACGUUAGAUAACAGUGCCUGGUAGAGGACAUUGAAAUCUAACUCUCUCUAAUCAAUUUCUCUGUGGUUUAGGAGUACACAGGGGUCUGGGCCAGAGUGUGUCCAAAGUCCGCAGUUUGAAGAUGGAUGAAAAGGUGUGGACUGAAAACCUCAAUCAGGUAGGUACAGUUUCUCAUUUGUAUUCUAUUGUAUUAUUAAAUGGAUUAGUAACAUUGCAUUCUCACCACCCAUAUGACUGGCUUCCUCUAUGUUCCUCACACUAUGCUUCCUAUCUUAUUUGUAUAAUUGUAUUAUAUUGUAUGUUGUCUUUGAACAGAAGAACUUGUCAUCGUUCACCCUGUUAAUAAAAGGACUAGUCUUUCUGGUCAAGGUUCUAAUGUCACUCCCUGUUCACCAGCUGUUCCUGUUGCUAGGUAACGACAGGGUAAACCUUUUCUGGGCAGCUAACAUGCCACCAAGCGAGAUGCUCUGUCCAUCAAGUGACAGUGAGGAGCGCCAGCGCUUUGUUACUGCCAAGUACUGCCAGGGCAAAUACCGCCGCUACCAUGCACUGUUUGGCCAAGAGGAAGCCCUCAACAAAGUGAGGCACUCAGAUUUUCUCUCAUUUGCUCUCUCUCUCUCUCCAUCUCUUGCUCUCAAAAGUUCAGACUUGUCUUCUCUGCUCCCUAAUUCUCUCUCUACCUCCCCCUCUCUGGCUCCCCUCUCGCUCUCUCGCUCUCUCUCUCGCUCUCUCUUCCCCCUCGCUCUCCCCUCUCUGUCCUUCUCCCUCUCUCUCAGGCUCUGUGCAACACCAUUCAGACAGGUGAUGUAUUGGAGACUCUGUCUCUGGUGUUCUGUGGAGCAGAUGUGAACUGUUAUACAGGUGAUCCAGAGCUGCCCAGCCCUGUGUCCAUGGCCCAGCACUAUGGACAGACACUUCAGGUGGAGUUCCUCACUCACAACCACAACACAGGUAGGAGCAAUGAAACCAGCCUCAUUCAUCAAUGCCUGCAGUGUUACAUCAAUCAUAUACUUGUGUUGAACACAGAAAAUAUAUGGGCUGUAUUUCAUUGUUCAGUAGAGGUGACAUCAUCAGUAUGUAUUUCCUCUCUCCAGAGCUCCCAGGGUCAAGGGCUGGAGAUCACACAGUCUUAGAGGCUGCUCUCCCCGUCUCACACACUGGUUAUCUGUUCAAGACUGCCUCCUCAACACGAGCAGUUACAGAGCGCAAAUCAAAAGGAGGUGGGUCAUUCUUGAUAUUCUGUUUGUAAACUGUUUGGACAUGCUUUAGAUCUGAAUUUCAGAUGAAUUAGUGAGCAACUUGCAAACUUCCAAUUUGAUAUUCCUUUUGGAUAAGUGACAGUGUUUUAAUGUAAAUUCAGUUACCGUGAGCUAAUUGUAGCAUUUUGGAACAUGUAGAUUUUAGUCGUCGCUGGUGCUCUCUGAACCAAGGUAACUUCAGCUACUAUGAGAGUGAGAAGAGCUCCAGUCAGAGUGGACAGAUGAAGAUGAGUGAUGUCCUUUGUCUGGUGGUCAAUCCACAAGGGAAACAUGGGUAACACAACAUGAUAUAGUGUAUUAAUCCAAAACUGUGUGAGCUUCAGAAUAAUGUUUAUAUUUGUACAUAUUCUAUAUGUGUUUCCUGUUGAGUCAGUUAUUGUCAUUCCUUUGAGCUGUACCAUGACUCUGGGAGAGUCUACCUGUUUGGAGAGGAUUCCCCUGACACGGUGAGGGAGUGGAUCAAGGCCAUCGGCAAGGUAAAACUAGAUUUCAAUUAGUAUUAUGAUAGACUGGUAAUUGGUAGUUUUGCUAGUGUAUAGCUACUGCCUUGUCUUGUUGUGUGUCAGGCCCUGGUCCCCCCUGUAGGGGAGGACCUGGUGUGCUGGUCCUUUGAGCGGGUGGGCCGGCUGCGCUACACUGCAGGCCAGAGCUUCCAUUGCCCUCGCCUGGGCUGGUUCUCCCUGGGGGGCUCCAGACUGCUCCUCCUCCUCCACGGAGAAGACCAAGUGGAUAACAUUGACCUGCGAAAACUACAGGAGCUCUGUGAGUCACACCUGAACCUGCCACAGUGGGGCAUACAGUGCAUUCGAAGGUAUUCAGACUCCUUCACCUUUUCCACAUUUUGUUACGUUACAGCCUUAUUCUAAAGUGGAUUAAAUAGUUCCCCCCCCCCAUCAAUCUACACACAAUACCCCAUAAUGACAAAGAAAAAAAUUGGUUUUUAGAAAAUCUUGCAAAUGUAUAAAAAUUUAAAACUGAAAUAUCACAUUUACAUAAGUAUUCAGACCCUUUACUCAGUACUUUGUUGAAGCACCUUUGGCAGCGAUUACAGCCUUGAGUCUUCUUGGGUAUGACGCUACAAGCUUGGCACACCUGUAUUUGGGGAGUUUCUCCCAUUCUUCUUUGCAGAUCCUCUCAAGCUCUGUCAGGUUGGAUGGGGAACGUUUCUGCACAGCUAUUUUCAGGUCUCUCCAGAGAUGUUCGAUCGGGUUCAAGUCCAGGCACUGGCUGGGCCACUCAAGGACAUUCAGAGACUUGUCCCGAAGCCACUCCUGCAUUGUCUUGGCUGUGUGCUUAGGGUCGUUGUCCUGUUGGAAGGUGAACCUUCGCCCCAGUCUGAGGUCCUGAGCUCUCUGGAGCAGGUUUUCAUCAAGGAUCUCUCUGUACUUUGCUCCAUUCAUCUUUCCCUAGAUUUUGACUAGUCUCCCAGUCCCUACCGCUGAAAAACAUCCCCACAGCAUGAUGCUGCCACCACCAUGCUUCACCGUAGGGAUGUUGCCAGGUUUCCUCCAGACGUGACGCUUGGCAUCCAGGCCAAAGAGUUCAAUCUUGGUUUUAUCAGACCAGAUAAUCUUGUUUCUCAUGGUCUGAGAGUUUUUAGGUGCCUUUUGGCAAACUCCAAGCGGGCUGUCAUGUGCCUUUUACUGAGGAGUGGCUUCCGUCUGGCCACUCUACCAUAAAGGCCUGAUUGAUGGAGUGCUGCAGAGAUGGUUGCCCUUCUGGAAGGUUCUCCCAUCUCCUCUAGGAAGAGUCUUGGUGGUUCCAAACUUCAUCCAUUUAAGAAUGAUGGAGGCCACUGUGUUCUUGGGGAUCUUCAAUGCUGCAUACAUUUUUUGGUACCCUUCCACAGAUCUGUGCCUCGACACAAUCCUGUCUCUGAGCUCUACAGACAAUUCCUUCGACCUCAUGGCUUGGUUUUUGCUCUGGCAUGCACUGUCAACUGUGGGACCUUAUAUAGACAGGUGUGUGCCUUUCCAAAUCAUGUCCAAUCAAUUGAAUUUACCACAGGUGGACUCUAAUCAAGUUGUAGAAACAUUUCAAGGAUGAUCAAUGGAAACAGGAUGCACCUGAGCUCAAUUUCGAGUCUCAUAGCAAAGGGUCUGAAUACUUACGUAAAUAAUAAUUAUUGUUAUUGUUAUUUUUAUAAAUUUGCUUACAUUUCUAAAAGCCUGUUUUCGCUUUGUCAUUAUGGGUUAUUGUAUGUAGAUUGAUGAGUAAAAACAUUUUAGAAUAAGGCUGUAACGUAACAAAAUGUGGAAAAAGUCAAGGGGUCUGAAUAGUUUCCCUAACUGUAGAGGGAGAAGUGUUUUAGUUUGGUGGACCAAGAAUGUGAGUGACAUUUUAAUAGACUUUGUAAUAGAGCUACUGUGGUUGACAAUUGAUGUAGACAGUGUGUGAUGUGCUGUGAUGUGAUGUGCUGUCCCAGCCGUGCAGCAGGAGGCUGGUGCUGUUGUGCUGGUGAACAGAGGCAGGAGGCUGCAUGUGGAGUGGGACAGGAGGCCUGACUUCCAGGGCUGGCUGAGUGGCAUCCAGCAGGGCUUAGGGAGAGGAGAUAGCCCCCUGGACCAGCAGCAGCUCACUGAGACAGACGUCCCUGUCAUCGUGGAUCGCUGCAUUAGCUACAUCACACAGCAUGGUGGGUGGACCUAGCAUGGCAUCGGUUGGGACGGAGACCUAACAAAAUAUGUGCUCUUACCAGCUCCAUUAUUUGACUCUAUCAGUGUCUGUGUUAAUGGUAUAGUGUUUUUGUGUUUGUUUAUGAGGUUUUUUCCUCCCCCUUUCCAGGUUUGAAGUCAGAGGGCAUCUAUCGGAGGUGUGGUGUGAACUCCAAGAUCACCGCCCUGCUGCUCUCUCUCCGCCAUGACGCCCGGCAGGUCCGUCUGAGUGAAGGGGAGGAUCAGGUGGAUAAUGUGGCCAACGUCCUGAAGAGGUUCCUCAGGGAAGUGGGAGAGGGGGUUUUCAAUGGCCAUCAGGCCUCUCUGCCAUGGCUCCACACCACUAGUGAGUCUGGCCUACCUUCAUUCUAAUACUGGUGGACCACAAUGACCACACCACUGCUUUUCACUGCUCGUCUUGGUAGUCGGAUCAUUGGUAUCCCCAUGAUAAGGAGUUUUGUGCUGUAAUGUGUAGGUGUUUUUCUUUUUUGGCCACCAGCUGUCAGUGAGAUGAGAGAGAGAGUGUCCAAGUACCAGGCCCUCCUUCACAGCCUCCCCCCAGUCAACAGAGCCACUCUGGGGGCUGUCAUCAACCACCUCUACUGGUCAGCCUCAACUCUCCACCUCUGUCCGCCUGUCCUCCUCUCCUCUCUUUUUCUUCCCUCCAUUCUGGCUUAUCUUACUCUUUCCCACUGAACCUGAUGAGAAUAUGAGUUUACAUUUGGGACAGUUGUCCUUUAUUCACCUAAAUGUAGAAUUGUUAUUGUUUAUAUAUAGGGAAUUGACUACUUUGUCUUUGAAAGUUCAAGACAUGCAUCACUGUUGAGAAAUCUCUUGUACAAAUCUGUCGAUUUUGUUCCGAAAGCGUCCAGUGCUUUGCAGAUGAGAAUCAGAUGAACAUGCACAACCUGGCCAUUGUGUUUGGUCCCACGCUCUUCCAGACGGACGGCACUGAUAACAGCGUAGGACAGGUGGUAGAGGAGCUCAUCCAGAACUACCAGGACAUCUUCAAUGUGAGUGGGUCUGUCUCACACUGAUGACAUCACUGAUUUAUAGAAGAUAAAGAGAGGGAAAUGUACUGUGUUGUCACAAGAAGCUAAAUGAAAUGUUCUGAUCAAAUGGAUGGAUGUGUCUGUUUGUCUGUGUGGCAGGUGGAUGCAGAGCAGCUUCAGAGGCAGCUGGACAUGAUCUCUCAUGUCAUCAAAGCACAGGAGGAACACGCUGAGGAGGUGAGAACACACCCAUGGCAUGAUUACAUUUUCAGAACCCCUUGCAACAGUUUUCAGAACCCCUUGCAGCAGUUUUCAGAACCCCUUGCAGCAGUCGUUUGCCACCCAACUGAAAUGAUUAAAUCCUGGCUUCCAUGACCUAUCUAUCUCUUACUAUUUGCUGGACUGAGGAUGGCUGUUGGCCUGCUGUGUCUCUCUCUUCAUUCUGUUCUGUAGGGGACCCCCUCACCUCUCACCAUCUGUGGGGUUUACCUGGAGAGGAAGGAGGAGGGCUCUGAGCUGCUGGUUCAGGUCAGCUCCAUGUGCACUCUCACCUUUCAGCUUUCACCUUUAACUUUAGAAUCCAAAUGCUACAGUAUGGGGUGUUCUUCUGCAAUGCUUUGUGCCCAGAUAAUCAUAUACAGUGAGGGAAAAAAGUAUUUGAUCCCCUGCUGGUUUUGUACGUUUGCCCACUGACAAAGACAUGAUCAGUCUAUAAUUUUAAUGGUAGAUUUAUUUGAACAGUGAGAGACAGAAUACCAACAAAAAAAUCCAGAAAAACGCAUGUCAAAAAUGUUAUAAAUUGAUUUGCAUUUUAAUGAGGGAAAUAAGUAUUUGACCCCCUCUCAAUCAGAAAGAUUUCUGGCUCCCAGGUGUCUUUUAUACAGGUAACGAGCUGAGAUUAGGAGCACACUCUUAAAGGGAGUGCUCCUAAUCUCAGUUUGUUACCUGUAUAAAAGACACCUGUCCACAGAAGCAAUCAAUCAAUCAGAUUCCAAAGUCUCCACCAUGGCCAAGACCAAAGAGCUCUCCAAGGAUGUCAGGGACAAGAUUGUAGACCUACACAAGGCUGGAAUGGGCUACAAGACCAUCGCCAAGCAGCUUGGUGAGAAGGUGACAACAGUUGGUGUGAUUAUUCGCAAAUGGAAGAAACACAAAAGAAAUGUCCAUCUCCCUCGGCCUGGGGCUCCAUGCUCCACUCGUGGAGUUGCAAUGAUCAUGAGAAUGGUGAGGAAUCAGCCCAGAACUACACGGGAGGAUCUUGUCAAUGAUCUCAAGGCAGCUGGGACCAUAGUCACCAAGAAAACAAUUGGUAACACACUACGCCAUGAAGGACUGAAAUCCUGCAGCGCCCGCAAAGUCCCCCUGCUCAAGAAAGCACAUAUACAGGGCCGUCUGAAGUUUGUCAAUGAACAUCUGAAUGAUUCAGAGGAGAACUGGGUGAAAGUGUUGUGGUCAGAUGAGACCAAAAUCGAGCUCUUUGGCAUCAACUCAACUCGCCGUGUUUGGAGGAGGAGGAAUGCUGCCUAUGACCACAAGAACACCAUCCCCACCAUCAAACAUGGAGGUGGAAACAUUAUGCUUUGGGGGUGUUUUUCUGCUAAGGGGACAGGACAACUUCACCGCAUCAAAGGGACGAUGGACGGGGCCAUGUACCGUCAAAUCUUGGGUGAGAACCUCCUUCCCUCAGCCAGGGCAUUGAAAAUGGGUAGUGGAUUGGCUAUUCCAGCAUGACAAUGACCCAAAACACACGGCCAAGGCAACAAAGGAGUGGCUCAAGAAGAAGCACAUUAAGGUCCUGGAGUGGCCUAGCCAGUCUCCAGACCUUAAUCCCAUAGAAAAUCUGUGGAGGGAGCUGAAGGUUCGAGUUGCCAAACGUCAGCCUCGAAACCUUAAUGACUUGGAGAAGAUCUGCAAAGAGGAGUGGAACAAAAUCCCUCCUGAGAUGUGUGCAAACCUGUUGGCCAACUACAAGAAACGUCUGACCUCUGUGAUUGCCAACAAGGGUUUUGCCACCAAGUACUAAGUCAUGUUUUGCAGAGGGGUCAAAUACUUAUUUCCCUCAUUAAAAUGCAAAUCAAUUUAUAACAUUUUUGACAUGCGUUUUUCUGUUUUUUGUUGUUGUUAUUCUGUCUCUCACUGUUCAAAUAAACCUACCAUUAAAAUUAUAGACUGAUCAUGUCUUUGUCAGUAGGCAAAGGUACAAAAUCAGCAGGGGAUCAAAUCCUUUUUCCCCUCCCUGUAUUAGUAUUAGCAGUCAGACAGUGAUAGGAUCCUCAGUCUCUGUGGUCCCACCAGGCAAGGUGAAAUCAACACUUAAUUAUCCAUGACUGGCUGACAGAUCAAAUACUUUUUUCCCUCACUGUAAGCUCCCUUGCCUGCUCCUAACGGUAACCCUGCCUGCUCCUAAUGCUAACUCUGCCUGCUCUUCUCCCUCAGAUCUCCCAGGCAGUGAGUGCUGAUGAGCUGGUGUGUGAGGUCCUGAGACGCGGGAACAUCCCUCCCCAGCAGGGGGACUAUUGGAGAUGCUUCCUGGUCAACGACAACCAGGAGAUGGGUAAUGGUUUAGAACACCUCAGUUACAAGUUGCCAAGUCCCUUUUUAAAUGUAUAAGCCAAAGUAGGACAACUAUUAUUAAUGAAGUGUGAUAUCUUUAUAUGCAUGAUGAACGCUAAUGCUCAACUGCAAACUAGUGGUAAAAUACGAUGUGUCUUCUCUGAUUCCCCCAACAGAGCGUCCAUUGCACUACCAGGAGCGAGCGCUGGCCAUCUAUUUCUCUCUGGGUAAAGAUUGUCACCUGGUGGUCAAGAGGAACUGCUACAUGGAGGCCAUGUUAAUCUACAUAGGUAAAUGCAUGAUUACCGAUAUAUAUUAUUAUUCCAGCUCAGUAAAGAGCACUUUUGAAUAAAUUACAUAUUGUAGAUACUUUCUGUAAAUAAUAGUAUUGAUAACAGAAAAAUAAUCCAAAGGGAGGGAAAGGGAAGGCAACGUGUUAUUUAAUGAUAUGGUUGAAAAUCAGACAGUGAAGUGAAUUAGAGUUGGAUAUCCCCUCUCACAGCUGGCAAGGUAGACGUGUCCAGAAAUGGCCUGAUUAAGUUCAGUGAUGAGAAGGGUCAAAAGGGGAAAAGGAACCUUCAGCAGACGCCUCUGUGUGCUCGAUGGCACCUCUCUCAGGCUCUACAAAGGAGUGAAGGUAAGUGAGGAUGGAAGAAGGAUGUGUAGACCUAUUCUGUUUCUGUGACUGUAUGAAGUACCUACAGUAUGUGGCAGUAUAGCUUCAAUUGUCCAUCUUUACUCUUUACUAGAGUACUCAGCCUGAGAGGGAAUGUCCAGUCCAUGCUCUGAAGGUCUACUAUGGCAUCAAGAAGAGGCUACAUCCACCAUCAUGGUGAGAGUCUACCAGCAACCCUGCAAUGACUACUGGUCUAUUUCCUCAGCCAUUUGGCUGUUUGUUGUUCCAUAUCAGCUGUCCAUAUCAUGUACAUUCACUCCUCUUCUUCUAGCUGGGGGAUGACUGUAGUGUGUGAGCAGGCAGAACGAGACAAACAGCUGUGGUGAGUAUCUUUAGUAGCAACUAACGAUAGGUCAACCGUAGUAACUAGAGCACUGAGGAUCAUGGUAUAUCUAUAGCCUCUCUAUCUCUCACCCCCUCUCGCAAUCUUCUUAGGUACCUGUGCUGUGAAUCAGAGAACGAAUUGAUUGAGUGGCUGGCCACUUUUAUGAACCUCCAGGUAGUGUCCUUUUGUGUGCACUGCAACAUGUUCUACUUGUGCAUUUUUGCUUUCCUCAGCUCUUUAUUUUAUGUAUUAUUUUAUUUUUAUUUUUUCAUAUAGCACGAUGGUGACCUGUGGCCUGCAGCUUCCAGGCCUGAUUCCUGAUCUGAGGCAGAAGGGGAAAUAACCUAAUCCUGGUUUUCCAUCCCAAAAGUAUCUUCCAAAAGUAUCUUCCAGAUACUUUUUCGCAUCUUCAAUUAAUCUCAAAAAUAUAUAAAAAAGCUUUUAUUUUAAGUUAAUAACCACAAAGUGUAUUUUUCUCUGUUAUAUUGGUUUGGUUGACCCUAUUUAUAACCCAUAGCUACAGUAUAGCCCUCACCCACACCCAUGAUCCCUAGCAAGAACAGAGACAGCUUCAUUCUACAGUAUAUUGAAAUGAAAACAUACAGGCCUGAGGGUAAUAAUAGGGGAGGCAGUAUAGAACUACACUAUAACAACAAACUCAAACAAUAAUAUUAGAGGCAUGUGAGAAAUAUCAUCUAAACGCCAUGUUGACUUUGAGGUUCCCUUUGAUUGGGACAUAAUGACAAGGUUGGAGAGCUGCAGACAUAAAGCCAUCUAAGUUUAGACACAGAGCUUUCUGUUCAUGUCAUUAUGGUAACAGUGGUUGUCAGUAAUUAUUGGAGAGCAGGAUUGAAAACCCUGUCAUUACUCAAGACCACAGCUUGUUGCAUUGCAGUGAUGUGCAGUUUAUAUCACUUUCAUUAAUUGACUAAUCCUUUAACAGUACCUUAACAUAAAAAUGAGGACAUUUACACAACGUUACUUCCAUUCACCAUCACGUUGCAUGUUGCCUACCUCUGCUUUUCUUAAAAAAACAAAGCAUGGGUUAGGUUUACAUACCAGAUCACACACACCCGCUGUUCCCAGUUUCAAUGUUUUCCUACAUUAGCAUUAUAUUAUUAUUCUCUUAGGUUAUAUUGUAAUGUUAAUGUACCUUAAAGGGUUUAGGACUGGGUCUCUGGCAUGUUGCUACAUCACAUUAGACCCCCCCCCCCCCCCCCCCCCCCCCCCCCCCCCCCACCAUUCUCAAUCGCCCAUAAAGUUUUAUUGGUGCUCUUGUGGGGCUAAGUGCCUCUCGCUCAAUAAAAAGGCUUUCUAAUAUCCUUUUAUUUUUCAGCUCUAUGUCAUUAGAUGUGAGGCUGUGUGGGUAGUGGCUUUACAUUAGGAACUCAGGGCUGGUGAAGUGGCUCAGUCACCCCUGGUAACAACCAUGCACUCCCAUUCACCCCCAGUUCUUACAUCACUACCCCCAUUAAACUUCACACAUUAAUGUAACCUGCUCAUACUUGACACAAAAAUUCUACAUUCAUUAUGGAAUCUUAGAUUUUAGAGCAGCUUUUCUCACUUCCCCAUCCUGCAGACCUUUAGAUCUUGCUGACUGGUCUGUCAUUUAAUUACCUGACAUUGAUUUAAUUUCUCUAUGUUUAAUGGAAGUGGAAGCCCUGCAUGCCAAUUGCUGGUACAAAAGGUUUUAGAAUAACUUUUUCAAUGGUCCAUCAUGGAGCUAGAUUAGAAACCAUGGAAGGAAUAUAUGUCCCCGGUGGUGAUCUGGUGUCAUUAAUCUUUAAAGGCUUUCUGAAGGACAAAAUAGAGUGAGGUGUUUAUCUAAUGGCAUGCUAACCAUUUCCGUUACAAUACUGACAUAUUCCACUCAUAACAAAAUACUGUCCAGGGUAGAAAGAUAGUUAAAUGUAAUACCGGUAUAUACAGUUGAAGUCGGAAGUUUACAUA